UAUCGAGUUAUAUGGAUGUUACAAAUACUGUGUCGAUAACAACAUUCUUUGAUGAAUGUCACUACCAGUAAACGUCAAAAAUUUUGUCGCAUGUUUGCUAAUCGGCAAACAAUUAGAAAUUAGAAAAUGUCUAUAAGUAUUGAUAUUAAGCUGAAACGAGCUAGUAAAGUAUACCAUGAAGGGGAAAUAGUUGCUGGUUUUAUAUUGCUAAAGACAAAUUCGGACGUUAAACACGAUGGAAUAUUUUUGUGUAUGGAAGGUUCGGUUAAUUUGCAACUUAGUUCAAAGAAUUUUGGUAUAUUCGAAGCUUUUUAUAAUUCUGUAAAGCCAAUACAGUUAAUACAGUAUACCGUAGACGUUGCUCCAAGUGGUAAGAUACCCAGUGGUAAAACUGAAAUACCAUUCGAAUUACCAUUAAAACCCAGAGGAACUAAGUCUUUAUAUGAAACAUAUCAUGGUGUUUUUGUGAAUAUACAGUAUCUGAUACGUUGUGGUAUAAAAAGAAGUUUCUUGGCAAAAGAUGUGUGGAAGUCAUUGGAAUUCAUAAUGGAAGACAAAGCGCCUCUUAAGCCAGAUAGAGAACCCAGCAAAAUAGUGUCCUUCAAAAUAAUGCCAGAGUCUUUGCAAAAUACAAGAGAUAGAACUAAUAUACCUAGAUUUUGCAUUUCAGGGAAAUUAGAUACAUUGUAUUGUAGGAUUUCUGAACCACUGACAGGAGAGAUGGUAAUUGAACAUUGCGAGGCUGUGAUAAAAUCAAUUGAACUACAGUUGGUGAGGGUAGAAACAUGUGGUUGUGCAGAGGGAUAUUCUAGAGAUGCUACAGAAAUACAAAAUAUACAAAUUGGAGAGGGAAACCCCUGUACAAAUUUGUCUAUACCAAUAUACAUGAUAUUCCCCAGGUUAUUUACAUGUCCUACGCUAAGCACAAGUAAUUUUAAAGUUGAAUUUGAAGUUAAUCUGAUCAUAGUAUUUGAAGAUGACUACUUGGUUACAGAAAAUUUUCCAAUUAUAUUGUUAAGGUAUUAAAUUUUCUAC